AUGAAGUACCUAGCCAUCCUCAUGCUGCUGGGUCUACCCCUCUGCACAGCGCAUCCCCUGCAUGGGGCAGUGAAAGAAGAGGAGCAGAAGACCAUGGAGCUUGCUCAGCACUAUCUAGAAAGCUACUACAAUUUUGGAAAAGAAGAAAAACAAAUUUUUAGAAGAAAGGACAGUAGUCCUGUUGUUAAAAAAAUCCAAGAAAUGCAGAAGUUCCUGGGGCUGGAGGUGACAGGGAAGCUGGACUCCGACACGAUGAGGAUGAUGGGCAGGCCCAGGUGUGGCGUUCCCGACGUUGGUCACUUCACCACCUUUCCUGACACACCAAAGUGGCAGAAAAACCACCUCACCUACAGGAUUGUGAAUUACACGCCAGAUUUGCCAAGACAAGUGGUGGAUUCUGCCAUUGAGAAAGCUCUGAGAGUCUGGGCGGAGGUGACUCCACUCACAUUCUUCAGGAUGUAUGCGGGAGAGGCUGACAUCAUGAUAUCCUUCGCCGUUAGAGAGCAUGGAGAUUUUUACCCUUUUGAUGGACCAGGAAAUAGUUUGGCUCAUGCCUAUCCACCUGGGCCUGGGUUUUAUGGAGACGUUCACUUUGACGAGGAUGAAAAAUGGACAGAGAAUGCAUCAGGGACCAAUUUAUUCCUGGUUGCUGCUCAUGAACUUGGCCACUCCCUGGGCCUCUUUCACUCAGCCAACCGUGAAGCUUUGAUGUUCCCUGUCUACCAGUCCUUCAAGGACCUGGCCCAGUUCCACCUUUCUCAAGAUGAUAUCGCUGGCAUCCAGUCUCUCUAUGGGCCUCCUCCUCCUCCCUCCCCGACAGCCCCUGUGGUACCCACAGAAUACAUGCCUCCAAGACACAGAACACCAGCCAAGUGCGAUCCUGCUCUGUCCUUCGAUGCUGUCAGCACCCUAAGAGGAGAACUCCUGUUCUUUAAAGACAGAUUCUUUUGGCGCAGACCCCGCUGGAGUCUCCAACCUCAGCGUCACUUGAUUUCUGCAUUUUGGCCCUCUCUUCCAUCAGAGUUGGAUGCAGCCUAUGAAGUUAUCAGCAAGGAUACUGUUUUUAUUUUUAAAGGAAAUAAGUUCUGGGCAGUGAGAGGAACUGAUAUACAAGCAGAUUACCCGAAAGACAUCCACACCCUGGGAUUUCCUCCAACCAUAAAGAAAAUUGAUGCAGCAGUUUCUGAUAAAGAAAAGGAAAAAACAUACUUCUUUGUAAAAGAUGAAUACUGGAGAUUUGAUGAAAAGAGUCAAUCCAUGGAGCGAGGCUUCCCCAGACGAAUAGCUGAUGGCUUUCCGGGAGUUGGGCCCAAGGUCGAUGCUGUAUUACAGGCAUUUGGGUUUUUCUAUUUCUUCAAUGGAUCAUCACAGUUUGAGUUUGACGCUAAUGCCAGGAGGGUGACACAUAUACUGAAGAGUAACAGCUGGUUGCUCUGUUGAGAUAAGGAGAAGACAAACAUGGAUAUUUUCAACAAAUCUAAUUUAUUGUGAGUCAAGAUGGCUGAUUAUUCCUGCAUCUACUGUGGCCAGCGCAGCUGGCAGACAUCUUCACGUGUCAUGGAGCCUUGUCUGGCCAGCUCUGCUUGUUCCUGCAUUACAUCACACAAAAUGUGCAGUGAG